GUCCCUAGAUUUUGUUUGUGUUUAUACCACUUGACUCAUUUAAUGAUAUCUUCUUGAUUCUAUAAUUUUCAUAUACAUCCAACAGUUAAGAGUAAGAGAGCCUUGGUUUUUAACUAAGCUAAGCCUAAGGUUUAUUGUGUGCAGAUAGGUCUUUAGAAUUCAUUAAUGCAAAGAGUAAUCGGUGUGGAUACACCAAAAAACCCAUAUAAUUUGUUAUAUACCCUUGUUUCUUUUUAAUAUUUUUUAUGACUAUAAUACUCUUAUCUGUAGAUCUCUCUCUUCUCCCUUUUUUUGUUCUAAUCUCUUUAUCUUUCGUACAGGUUCUACAAAUCAUCUUCUAAUUCAACACAAAUCUUUACUUUUUUAUUCUGAUUCUUUUGACACCCAUAAUGCUAAUCUUAUUAUCUCACCUCAAUUCCAAUGUUUCCAAUUUCGAAUCACAAUUUAGAUAAUAUAUACGUUAGUAAAUAUUUUAUUACUUAACUUCUAUUAUUUAGAUUUUAGUGGAUUCUUAAUCGAUACAUGGAGUGUUAGCUGUUACAAAUAGAUUUGGGGCUAUUUGAUAGAUAACUAAUUAAUUGUUAAUAGUUUCAUUAACUGAUAUAUGAUUUGUUAGUCGAUACAUUUGUUUGAUACAUAGAUUGUUAGCUGAUACUGAAAUUAUUAGCUGAUAUGUUAGUUGGUAUGUAGAUUGUUACCUGCUAUGUAAAUAUUUAGCUGAUAGAUCUAGAGUUACAUGUUUUCGAUAAAGCACGAGAGUAUUUUCGUCCGCACAGUGUCAAAAAGUUACUCCUUUUUGGGUUAUCUAUAAUCAUGGGCAUUCAGCUAAUUUAGAUCUUAAUUGGGUAUAUUCAACACAUUGUCCCUAAUGCAAAAUCUCUGACACGUUUUCCUCACAAUCGCAGUCUGUUAAAGACAAAAUGAAUCUCUUCUUCAGUAUCCACGCCCCAGGAACCUAUAUAAGAACACCCUCUCCCCAACACUAAAAAUCAUCAUAACAACAACAAAACCAAGUAUUAACUCUUUAAUGAAUAAAUCACGUGUUUUGGUAAGGAGAAACAAUCAAGUGAGUGGAGUGAAACCUCCACCACGAAUAUGUCCAAGGUGUAACUCUGACAACACCAGGUUCUGUUACUACAACAACUAUAGUGUGUCUCAGCCGCGCUACACCUGCAAGAAUUGUCGUCGAUUAUGGACUCAUGGUGGGACAUUAAGGAACAUAUCGGCUGGUGGAAGCAGAAUAGAUCAACCAUCUGUUGCUCAGGUGGUUCCUGUUGAGACCCAACAGGUUAAUCAUCACCAGACUUUCUUACAUGGUCAAGAAACUAACGAUUUUCUUGGAUCUAUUGGUGAUUCUUCUUCUUCUGCUGGUGUUGUUGGGAGCCAUUUCGGUUCUUUGCCUGAGACGCAUGGUGAUGUGGUGUUUCCAGUUCGUAGUCAUCCACCAAUGAAUCGCCCUGUGUUCAAUGAUGGGUCGUUUCCCCAAGGAUAUUACCAUGUUGGACAUGUUAAUAAUUAUAACAGUUACCGCGUAAAUCAAGAGGAUCCAAACAAGCCAAGACAGCGCUUCAACAACACCAUGAGCAUGAAUCAUAAUACCAGCACCAGUGGAAGCAGAGGAUAAUAAGGCACUGAUCACAUGAUCAAGAACAAGAAUAACAAACUCAGAAACAAGUUGGUGUUUAAAUCCUCUUAUCAUGUGGUCCUUGAAUCAUAACCGUUUUAUCCGUUUUAUCUUUUAUUUAUUAAGCCAAUAAUGUUUCAGUUUUUUUUUUGAAUAAAGUGUUUCAGUUUUUUUGUUUAUGUUUUCUGUUGGGUCUUUUUUAAGUUGAUUUCUAAAAGUUUGCAUCUUUGUUCCCCUAUAGUUUCAGACAUAAGAUUCUUACUGGAGUUAGUAAAGAAAAAAUAUAUUAAAAUAAUGAAAAAAAAACAGUAAAGUAGCGAUACGAGUCUUAAAUAAGCGCUGCAAAGACCGGUUCUAAAACUAAGCUGUCAUAUGUCAAUUUCUAAUUGGUUUACUUUUUUCACAAAAAUAAAUUUUGACUUCAACAUUAUACAUGAUUAAACUAUUAUUACUUUUUGAAUUAGAACCUGCUUUUAAAAGGUUUGCUGUUGAGGUUGCUCUAAGUUGCUUGUCAGGUCUUUUUGUAAUAUAAACAAAUUAUUAAUUAUCACCAGUUCGUUGUGUCUUGUGUCUUUCAUCAUCAUAACUGAUAAAUAAGAUAUUUAUGUUUUGUUAAAAAAAAAUAAUAAUAAUAAGAUAUUUAUGUGCUCCCAGAGUUCAUGUUUUGCUAUGUUUUAGUCUAUUCUCUGUUUUUAAAAGCGUAAUCGCAUAAUGUGAGAUGCAUUAGUGUACAAUUAUCGUAAAUCUAAGAUUAUGUCUAAAAUAUUUAGCUUGUACUUCUACUACCAAUCUGAAUUUCUACAGAAAACUGUUGAAGAUUUGUUGUUCCAGGGUCACAAAAUUAUAAUUAAGCACUCUGGUUCGGCAAGAGUUCUCUUUUACCAUUAAAAAAAAAAGAUGUCUGAGCCCGGGUUUGAACCGGGGACCUCUAGUGUGUGAGACUAGCGUGAUAACCGACUACACCACCCAGACUUUGAUGGACAAAAAAUUUUGACGAUUGAAGUCUUAGUUUGGAAACCAUUUUCUUAAAUAUGCUAACAAAAUAUCCGUUAUAUGUGGCGCCAACACUUUUCAAAUUCUUAUGGGUACUGUAGUACUUUGUUUUCUCUUGUUCGUUUACAAUGUCCAAAUAUAGAGUUUUGAGUUCUGUUCUUCCCUAUUAUCAUACGAAAUUUUUCGUGUCAAUGGAUGAAUAUUUGAUAAUUAUAAAGUGAUUAUUGAGGUGUGUUUUAUUUUGAAAAAAUCAGAUUUCUAA